GGAUUGAUGCUUUUGAUUAUUGCACAGUAAACUCCAUUCUAUAAGUUGUUUAUAUAAAAACUUUUAAAUUGCUGUUGGUUCCUCUUUUUUUUUGUAUUCUGUUUACUGCAGGAUAAAAGUGAGUGAUAUGUUUUUGUUUGCCAAAGACUACUGUAAGUAUGGAUUUCACAAAUAAGGCAACAUGAAAAAAUAUGUGAUUUUGCACCUCAUAAGUAUCUGUUGUGUCUUGGAUUAUUGUUUGUAGCAUAGGAAGUGCUUUUAUGUUUCUUUCUAGAUCUUAUCAAGCACAGCUGCAUGUAUUGUAUGGAAAUGAGAACCAUGAACCAUGAUAGUUUAUGUUAAAUACAGGAGAAAUGAAUAUUUAAAUUUACCAUCAGAAGACUGUUCGUUUAGCAAAUUUGCACUAUAUAACUACACAAGCUCACUCAAAAGUGCCAAGUGCAGUAAAAUGAAGUGUUUCUCCCACUUAAUGAAUGGUAUCUUCCCCGGAAGGAGGUCACAAAGUCAACAGAGAAUGUCAGACAGCCCAGUUAACAAGAGGGUGCUAACCAAACUUCACAAACACAACUCUGUUGAGCCAAGUAAACCAUCCUCACCAGCAGGACGGAGCUACUCCCCUGAAAUACACAUCAAUGACCGUGAAAAUGGAGUGGGCUUAACCACUAAAAGGCCUGCUUCACAAGAAAAAAAUGGUCAUGUGUUAUUACAAGGAGAGGAAAAGGAUAAUAGCCCAGAUUCAGGACAGGCCGGCAGUGCCAAGACGCAUUACACAAAUAUUUGUUUACCAGCAUCUGCCAGGCUGACACCGUCACCUGGAUCACAGCUACUUGUAGUUGGGCUUGAAGGGAGCUUUGCUUCUUUGCGAAGGAGCUCUGCAACACCAGACUUGAUCAACAAGUCACUGUUAAAAGAUCAGAAUAAUUCUUACAGCAAGUCUGAAGGCAGGAGAUCAAGUUCAACUUCCUCUUCACCUAGACUACCACGCCCUCCCACUGUGGAAUCACAAAGUGUGUCAAUCAAAGAAACAGAGAAUUUUACUCAACUUAACCAAUACAAGUUGAUGGAUGAAAUUGGCAAGGGGUCUUACGGUGUUGUUAGACUGUGCUAUUCAGAUUUUGACCAAUCUAGCUAUGCCAUGAAGAUCAUUUCCAAGAAAAGGAUUAUGAAGAAGGCAGGACUUAGGAGACCAGGUGAUAGAGGAAAGAAUCCUGGGUUGGAGAAUCUUCAGCGUGAGAUAGCAAUACUCAAGAAGGUGGAUCACCCUAAUGUGGUCCGUCUGAACGAGGUUUUAGAUGACCCAGCAGAGGACAAUUUGUAUUUGGUUUUUGAGCUCAUGGAUAAAGGGGAUGUCAUGGAAGUGCCAGGCCCACCUCUACAACAGGAAACUGCACGAACACACUUCAGAGAACUGGUUUUGGGAGUAGAAUAUCUUCAUCACCACAAGAUUGUCCACCGCGAUAUCAAACCAUCAAAUCUACUGGUCAGUGAGUCUGGGAGCAUCAAGAUUGCUGAUUUUGGUGUAGCGGAUGUGUUUGAAGGCGAUGAUGCACUGCUGUCCAAGACUGCAGGCUCACCUGCCUUUAUGGCCCCUGAGUCUUUGCAAACGUCCCGUGAUAAGUACAGUGGCAAGGCAGUCGAUGUAUGGGCUAUGGGCAUCACAUUGUACUGCUUUGUCUUCGGAAAGUGCCCAUUUGAAGACGAAAACCGUAUGGGACUUUACGAGAAGAUCAGGACAAAAGAGUUGGAAUUCCCAGAAGAACCUGUGCUGAACCCGAAACUAGAAGAUCUUCUGCUGCGUAUGCUGACCAAAAACCCCAAGGAGAGAAUCACGAUUCCAGAGAUCAAGGAGCACCCAUGGGUAACCCGAGGUGGGAGUGAUCCGCUACCUUCCACUCAGGAGAACUGUUCGCAUAUCGAAAUUACAGACGAGGACAUCGCCAACAGUGUAAGGACCAUCCCCAAGAUCAAGACACUGAUUCUGGUUAAGAGCAUGCUGCGUUACAAGACGUUUGGCAGUCAUUCAAAGCUUCAGAGACUCCGCUCUCACUCCCAGCCAAACAUCGCCUCCAUCGUGGAGCAGAAACGUCUUCAAGAGCAACGCGCCAAAACGAAUCUUCAAAUCGAUUCGCAAGAACUUCAACCACAUGACGAGCACGGUCAUGUGACCGAGGAGUGAUCGAUACGCAACGCCAUACACCACGUGACAAACACGGUCAUGUGACCGACGAGUUAUUGGUACGCAACACCAUACACCACGUGACAAACACGGUCAUGUGACCGACGAGUUAUUGGUACGCAACACCAUACACCACGUGACAAACAUGGUUGAGUUACUGAUGUGUCAUUGCUUUGACACACAAUGGUCGCUUGAUCAAGUGUUCUGAAAUGGCCACAUAUUAUAAACAGCGUCAUCGUCAUGUGAAGCAUGAAACAAAACGCAUCGCUUUCCUCGGUUUGACGGUCACGGGACAGAUGGCUUGGACAAAAAGUCAUUUGACUUAUUGAACAUAAAUAGCAGAUUUUAAUAUCUAGAUAGAAUAGUUUUAUUUAAUUCAGUGUAUCGCCAAUUACUCUGAACGUAUAGUAGGGCAGAAAGAAACAAGGAUGCCAUACAGUAUAUUUUACACAGAAAGCUUGCAACCACUAAAUAAUAAAACGAUCGGCCAAAAAUACUCAUUAUUUGGUCGAAAUAAUUUAGAGGCAAGAAAGAAAAAAAGUAUGCAUGACAAAAUAAUUACCCCCCCCUACAUGACUGGUCUCUUAGAGGUCCAUCCCUUUAUGUACUCUUUCAAAUGCAAUAUUUCUUAUUGUAUUAUAACACAUUCUUAAAAGACAAUACCAAUUGUAAUAUAUAUAUAUAUAUUAUUGUAUGAAAUAUAUCAUUGUAUAAAGCACCAUCAGCCUUUUAAAAAAUAAUAAAACUGAAUUGAAUAAGAUUUGUAUAUUCAAGUUAGCAGUUGUCAACCAUUAUCCACAAUACUUUCUAGGGCAAUGCCUGCUAAUCCUGAUUGUUAAUUAAGGUGGAAUAUGGCGAUGGCAUUUUGGUUUGAUAUGUAGUAGUAGGUUUUGUUGUAGUGGGGGUUUGUGGUGGUAAUGUCAUGGGGCAACUCUUUUAUUUAGUCGUUCUGGUUAAAGUCUUGUUAAAUUUCGCCUCAGCGAAAUAAAUAUAUCACUAACCA